AAGCUAUAAUUGGGCCACAUGCAAUCACUCGUAAAUAUUGGGUGGAGGUGGAAAGCCACGUGUAAUCAUCAUCCCUAAUCCUAAGCACACUGCCCGGUAAAGAAAAACCCCAUUAUCCAAAAUCCCAAUUUGACACCUCUCACCUUUCUUACAAUCAAAAUCUACCUUUGAUCUGUUGAAGAAUUCUAAGGUUGGAUUGGAUCUGCAACAAUAAUCAGAAUCAGAAGGAAAAGAAAAUGGUUUGGAUGAUGGGACUGAGUGUGCAGGGUGUGAUGGAUAUGAUGUUAGCUGGGUUUUCCCUCGUACUUGGUUUGGGUAUUUUCGCUUUCAUUGCUUUCAUUCUGUGUUCUGCGGCUUUUCUCCAAAACGCCAAGGACGUUUCUUAAGUCAACACUACUUUCUAUUCACAUGUAUUUUUGCUCUUUUCAUGUACCUCGGAUCGGAGUCGGUUUUUUUUUUUAUUAUUGGGAUCUAA